AUGAACCUUAAAAUAUGGCUCAUAUUAUCAACUUUAUUAUUCCAGCUGAUUCAAUGCGAUAAGGACUUAAUUCAUUUCCUGCGUGAAUAUUUUGCCAGUAAUUACAUUCAUCAACUUGUAAUUUUUGCUUGCUGGAAUGCAAUUGAAUUGGUUAAAAAAAUUACUCAACUAGACACAGUAGUGUCUUAUAAUUUGAUCCAUGAGCAUAUUGACAUAAUAUCACUCUUGAAAGUCAAUUAUUAUCACAUCGGUGUCAUUUUAGACUAUGAUUGUCCAAAAAGUAAUUUUAUUCUGAAACAGUUUUCUGAUCAACUGGUUUUCAAUGAUUCUUACUUUUGGUUACUGCUUACUGAAGCAUCAUCACCACCAACUGCUUCUUUGCGUGAUCUUCCACUCACAGUGCAAACUGAAAUGACCGUUGCUACCAGAAAAAAUGAAUUAUUUGAGCUUUAUGAUGUUUAUAAUCCGAGUUACCGUCAUGGAGGUUUUAUUAAUAUUACUUAUAAAGGACAGUGGACACCAAAAAAUGGAUUGGUCAAUAAGUUAACUCAAUACAAGUAUAUCAGACGUCAGAAUUUAUCUGAUCUGUCUUUGAAUGCAUCUAUUGUGUUGACAAAAAGUACAGAUAUGGACUUUGAAAAAUACGUUACUGAACCUGUAAAUCCACAGCUGGACACUAUGGCAAGAUUUCAACAUGCUGUAAAUCUGAUUUUGAGAGAUUAUUAUAACUUUAGAUUAAAUUUAAAACGGAGUAGCUCUUGGGGAAUGUUAGUCAAUGGAUCAUGGAAUGGAAUUAUUGGUGAAAUGCUCGAUGGUGUGACAGAUCUCAGUAGUUCACCAUUUUAUUUUCGGCCAGAAAGAUUAUCUGUGUGCGAAUAUACUGUUAGUUUAUGGAACGUAAACAUUGGUUUUAUUUUUCGUCAUCCAAGGAAAGAUGAAAUGAAAAAUAGCUUUCUAAAGCCAUUUACAACUCUAACAUGGUCGGUGUCUUUAGUUAUUGGUAUCACUUACUGUAUUUGUUUAUUUAUUACAGUAAAAGUAGAAGCAUGUUUUAAUAAAUUCGAAAUAUCAGAAAAUACUUUAAUGUCAAUUCCAGCUUCUGAAAGUGGGCUUAUAACUAUGGCUGCAAUUUCACAGCAAGGUGUAAGUAAUUCUCCAAGUACUUUUUCUGGUCGAAUUGUAUUUCUGUCACUCUUUCUAUGGGCAUUUCUUCUUUACCAAUAUUAUUCAGCUGAUAUUGUAAGUUCUUUACUUGCAAAACCUCCGCGAUGGAUUAUCUCAGUAAAAGAUUUACUAGAUAGUAACUUGGAGUGUGGAAUGGAAGAUAUUUUGUACAGCUAUUAUUUUCAUAAACUCACAACCGAUCCAUUUGCACGCCAACUUUAUCUGAAAAAAGUAACACCAAAUAAAAAUAGGCUCAAAGGAGAAUUUUACUUAGCCGAAGAAGGAUAUAAAAGAGUCCGAAAAGGAGGCUUUGCCUUCUAUUGUGAUUUUGCAAUUGGCUAUAAAAUUAUAGAAGAAACAUUUAAUGACGAUGAAAUAUGUGAACUACAAGAAAUACUAGUGAUUAAACCUCAUGUAAAAACUUGGAGUGUUGUAUCUAAAAAUUCUCCUUUUAAAAAAAUGUUUACAUAUGGAUACAGAAAAAUUGUAGAACAUGGCAUAUCAAAACGACUUUAUCCAAUAUGGCAUCACAGGAAACCAAUAUGUCCAGAAGCCCACAAUUCUAAACCAUCACCAAUGAAUUUCAAUGAUUUUUGUCCAGCGUUAUUUUUUCUUUUGAUAGGAGUUGGGGUUUCUAUAAUUAUUUUAGCGGUAGAGUGUUUGCACAACAAAUUUUUUGAGAGUAUAAAUCUUAAAAAUAUGUUAAUUGAAACAAAGUCACCUAGUUUCAAUGGUGAAAAACAUCAGGAAGUCAUCGAAGAUCUUCAGGAUUUUUAG